AUGUCGUCCAAAGCGAAGAACACGUCUGGCAAGCCCGGCCGGUCGGCUAUUGCCGAUGUCAUCAUCCGCGAGUACACCAUCCACCUCCACAAGCGCAUGCACGGCGUCAGCUUCAAGAAGAGGGCACCGAGGGCUAUCAAGGAGAUCAAGGCGUUUGCGCUCAAGUCAAUGGGAACCUCCGAUGUCCGCCUCGAUCCUCAGCUGAACAAGAAGGUGUGGGAGCAGGGUGUCAAGGGCGUUCCGUACAGACUGCGCGUCCGCAUCUCGCGGAGACGAAACGACGAGGAGGGCGCCAAGGAGAAGCUGUACAGCUACGUCCAAGCAGUCAACGUCAAGAACCCCAAGGGCCUGCACACCGUGGUCGUGGAGGAGUAA